UCAGUGUCCUAGUUGAACAACUUUACAGUUAUCUUUUUUCCAGCCCUGGGGGCUGUGGGGUUAGUGUUAGACUGUGUGCUGCUAUUUCGGAUUGAUUGACAUCUCUCCUCCCUUUGAGUAGCCAACGUGUAUAUAUAUGUCUUUCUUCUUACUUUGUGGUUUGGAUACUUUUGUCUGUGUUCAGCACAGUCACACCAAUGCGCAUCAUCAUGGCUAAAGGGGAGUUUUGGGCCGCGGAUGUCUGUGAUCGUUCCUUCGGACUGAAACUCCUGUCCUACCUGGGAUAGGUAGCCUAACGUAACCUGGUUCCCGGUUUGAGGAACUUCAGACUUUCAUCGGACUCUAUAGAUUUUUCACACGGACAUUCUAUAGAAUGGAGUGGGAGCUGAGACCGCGGCUUUGUUUCCUAACGAAAGGGCCGCGCGGGUACGGCUUUCACCUUCACGGCGAGCGGAAUAAAGGCGGACAGUUCAUACGGAAAGUGGAACCCGGUUCGUCCGCGGAGCUUUCGGGGCUGCGCGCGGGGGACCGGGUCGUGGAAGUGAACGGGGAAAACGUGGAAGACGAGACGCACUAUCAAGUAGUGUAUCGUAUCAGAGCAGUGGAGCAUCGCACCAGGUUGCUGGUCAUCGACAAAGAGACAGAUGAUUACCUGCGUAGUCACGGGCUGGCCUGCACAGAGGACCUCGCCGUUGAGAUGGGCAAUCUCUCUCCCCGGCCCUCCCACUUCACCUCCCCCUCAGCCUCCCCUGUAGCCCAGGGGGAAGUCCUCUCACCCUCACCCAUACACAUCCUCACUAAAGCCCUCAAACUCACCUCCGCCUCACCCAGAAGGACGGAUACACGAUCGCCAACGUCAAGCCUGAUGAUUGGCACCAAGAAAAGGUUGCCAUCGGAGACAGCGUCGUUAGAUACAGAGUUUCCCAUGGCGACGGUGGAGCUCCUCCCCCGACUGUGUCACAUGGUGAAGGGGGAGCUGGGAUACGGGUUCAACCUGCACAGUGACAGAACACGGCGAGGACAGUUCAUACGCAGCGUGGAUCCCGGGUCCCCCGCCCAACACGCAGACCUCAGACCCCGGGACAGGCUGGUGGAGGUGAAUGGAGUGAACAUCGAGGCGUUGAGACACUCAGAGGUGGUGGCGUAUAUACGUGGCGGGGGGGACGAGACACGCCUCCUGGUGGUCGACGCGGAAACAGACGAGCUGUUCAAGAGGCUCGGGGUCACGCCCACCAGCACACAUGUCAGAGAGGUCUAUGUGGACGAGCCAAUGACAGACAGCGCCCCACACACCCCCUCUUCAACCACUGACCUCCCUCCAAUGGAUCCACCAAUCAUCAACGUCACCCUGACGGGCUCGCCAAUCACAAACGGCUCGCCCAAUUCACAGACCAAUUCCCAGUACUCACGUGGCUCGACUACCCAAUCAGAAUUCAGCAGCUCAGACAUGAGCAUUCAGGUCCCUGAGGAUUAUGAGCGCCGUGUUUCAGACCCGUUCCUGGACAGCGGACUGCAUCUGAGCCCCACGGCAGCCGAGGCCAAAGAGAGGGCCCAACACGGCAAGAAGAGAGCGCCCCUAUGGACUGGAGCAAGAAACAGGAGAUCUUCAGCAACUUCUGAGAACCACACAGAACCACACAGAACCUUCACAACAAUGUUCUUAAGUCCCUCAAGGUUGAUAAAGGUCUGGCACAGGGACACACCAUAACCAAUGUUGGCCGUGCGCAGUAGAUCAUCAGCCCGGAGACAAUUUCAUCGUGGGAAAUUAAUAGAAAAAGGCAGCCGAUGUUCUGUGUUGAGAGGCGAUUCGUUAUGGUGUGUCAUGUGACAGAGCUUCACCAGCCGAUGUUCUGUGUUGAGAGGCGAUUCGUUAUGGUGUGUCAUGUGACAGUGCUUCAACAGCCAAUGUUCUGUGGUGAGAGGCGAUUCGUUAUGGUGUGUCAUGUGACAGUGCUUCAACAGCCAAUGUUCUGUGGUGAGGGGCAAUUCGUUAUGGUGUGUCAUGUGACAGAGCUUCACCAGCCAAUGUUCUGUGUUGAGGGGCAAUUCGUUAUGGUGUGUCAUGUGACAGAGCUUCACCAGCCAAUCAAGAUAAAAGGCUGCAGUGGCUCCGAAACAACUCUGAGAAAAACACAGAAAGCCUCUGUCCCCGGCAGGAUCUGAACCCUGGUCUCCCACGGGACAAACCAACAUCUUAACCAUGAGACAAAGAGGAAAUUCCCUUCGGUCUGAGGACCAACACUUAUUGUGAAGUCACAAGAGGGGCUCCCUCAUCACGUGACCAUGAGCAGCCAUGACCGUCCCAUGUCUGCUACACCUCCAUAUACCACGACUAGGGAUUAUUACAGUACCUUAGGAUGAGGAUAAAUCAUGUUGAUGUAUUUAGCCAGGAUAAUUGACUCAGUUCCACUUGUUUCCAUGGCUCUUGUUUCCAUGGCUCUUGUUUCCAUGGCUCUUGUUUCCAUGGCUCCUAAACAUUUCUCAGAGCUGUGACUUUACUGAAAGUUUUUUUUCCUUCUACAGCAACUAGUAAGAAACAUUCACUGGCCCAACCGCCACACCGAACCCCACCUCUUCACCCUCCACAGAUAAACAGGGUGGAUUGUUUCCCAAAAGACUGAGAUGUGGGCCCGUAUCCACAAAGUGUCUCAAAGUAGGAGUACUGAUCUAGGAUCAGUUUUGAGUUAUUUUUUUUAUGUCAUAAUGAAUACAAUAAAUUGUAUAGGGAAGGGUCUGAUCCUAGUUUUAUUAGAUCUCACUGACUGAGGUAAGAACGUCAGGACACCACAACAUGCGGGCCGGCUUACAGAUGUGACCCCUGUGGCCGGGUCUUCCUCUCACGGAUUGGACUUCACGGUCACAGCAGAUGCUGCACUAAGAUCUAACACCAAGGCACAAUAAAUCUAUGGUUUCACGAGACUGCGAUGCCGACCACUAUUGUCAGGAGUUCCAGACGGAACUCUUUUCAGGUCAUAUUGAACCCUUUUUGGUUCCACAUAGAACCUCUUGUUCCAAAUAGAACUCUUGAAAGGCUGCUGUUUGGAACCUAAAGGGGUUAUCGUCUGACCUGACCUGGUUCUACCUGGAACCUUUUCCAGUGUGUUCUACAGGGACAAAUGGUUCUACAUAGACCUUUUGAGAGUAUAGAAGCGAGCUUCUCAGAUGUAUAAAUGAGGUACGUAGGAACCACAUCACGUCAUAGACACGGACGUCUGAAUGAUGGACAGACUGAGGGGAUGAAUCAAAGUCAUCUGAGCGUGAGAUGAAGAGAGUCUGACGCUGAGAAACAGAGACAAACGCUCAAAUGAGUGUGAUGAGCGUCACAGAGGUAGAGAAGAAAAGUCCAGGAUCUCAAUGGAUUUUCAGAUGAAGAGAUACGAGUUACUAAAGUCCUUUGUAAUGAGUGAAGAGGAGACACAUUGGGUGCAAUGCAUUGGGUUGACUGAACUCUACUGCAGAAAUGUUGCCUAAACUGCAGAGAGAGACUUGUGUCAAUGUGUAGGCCAACAAAUGCCUGAACGGUUAGCCAUUAAGAUAAAAACACAUGUGAUUAUGACUGAGUUAUAUUAUUCUGUGAUAUUAUUAGCAAUUUGUUUACAAACUGUGUUCUUCUAGUAUUUCAAUAUUUGGUUUUUAUUCUGUUACAAUGUCCGGUUAGAAAGUAAGACAUACACAGUUAGCGUUGUCUGUCUCUGCUGUCCAGAACAGAACUCUGAGUUGAAGGAGGAAAUGUGAGGAUCUUAACCUUAAAGGUUAAACUCUAGAUUUGUUUUACAUUUGUUUAAUCAUAUUAUUGUUUGUGGUUUUGUAUCCCACUUUCAUUGUCCUCAAACAUUCAUCUCUUUUUAGAGGAAUUAAUAAAUGGAUCCAUUUUAGUUCGUUUGACUGGCUGGAUACGAAGCUAAGCUAGUUUCAGUGCAGUCUGAUGUCUCAGUGCCGGGAUUCAAUCAGAUCAGCGCUAGAUCUGCAUUGUAGCACGGAUGACAUUUAAAGGUAAUUAACAGCCGACAUGUGCAGAAUUUGCCGUGAAUGCGGUCUUCUGCGAGCGGGAACUUUCCCUUUAAAAGGUGAAUAGCUGACAAAGAGUGAUCGGAUUGAAUCCCUUACUUGUAGAUUUGUAUCUAAUGUAACUUAGUUACUUUUAAUUUGAUCAUCUCUCCAGUUGUAGAUUUGUAUCUAAUGUAACUUAGUUACUUUUAAUUUGGUCAUCCCUCCAGUUGUAGAUUUGUAUCUAAUGUAACUUAGUUACUUUUAAUUUGAUCAUCCCUCCAGUUGUAGAUUUGUAUCUAAUGUAACUUAGUUACUUUUAAUUUGGUCAUCUCUCCAGUUGUAGAUUUGUAUCUAAUGUAACUAAGUUACUUUUAAUUUGAUAA